UUCAUAAUUUUCAGUGUUUAUUUUAAUAUUUUUGUAGCAUUCACAUCAUCAUCUGAUUCUGUUAACAUAGUCGCCAUUGUUUUGGGAGUUAUCUUCGGACUAAUUUUUCUAAUUCUGCUGGUUAUAAUAAUAUACAAACUGUAUUUUUACUGUAAAAAACAAAGACAAAAGCAGAAACUCAAAUCAACAAUAAAGAAUAAUAUCAGUGUGUUUAAAAAGAGAAUGACAGUGAAAGAUAAUGACGAAUAUCCAUUGCAUGAGAUCUCUCUUGGACCUGAAUUUCCAAAAGCAAGAAAUCAGUUAUACAAAAAGAAACGUUUAGUUCCUAAAGAUCUAGCCACACCCACACUGGAAAGAAGUAGUUCGGAAAACAAUAUAUCAUUGAGUUCAUACUACCUACAAUCAGAAAACAAGCAUAGUAGUAAGGUUGCCCGAAUAUCAUCUGCAAGAUCGUUCGACAAUAUGUACACCAAAUCACAAUCAAGAGAGACUAAUGGCAGUUUAAUCAAAUCUAAACCCAGGAAAAAUCUGUCGCUUUCGCAUAAAUUAGCAGAUAUUGCCGACUUAAAUGAGUUCAGUGAAGAAUUUAACGAAUCACCCGAAAAUUAUUCACGCUCUUCAUCUUUCCAUCGCCUCUCCAGUUCAAUGAAUGAUUUAUCAAGGCCUACAACUCGAAUGUUAAAGAUGAGAAAAAGUGUUUCACUUGAGCAAAUGAAUAAAGCUCAUAACUCCGUAAACUAUGAUUCUCAUUACCCAAAAGUCAAAAGAAUUCAAGACAGUGAGGUAUUCAAAAACGAUGUACGUCAAUAUAAACAAACAAAAACAAUAUAUAACAAGGAAAAACCGCUAUUUGAAUUUAAAAAUUCAAAGCAUAAGGUGUCUGAAUCUUAUCAUCAGUCAAUGCGCCAAAGAGGUAAUGAACGAAAGAUGAAGACGAUUAGAGAAUCAAACGAAAACAUUCCGCACAAACAUAGAAAAUCUAUACAAAAAGAUGUGCAGACGCUUCAAAGACCGGUAUCAGUAUCUUCAUAUAAUUCUCUUAGAACUUUUGACAAUUCGUUUGAACCACGUCCAGCUAGUAGGAGUUCUGAAAACAGGUUUAUGUUAUUAAAAAAGCAAAUGAGACAAAGUGCAGAGAGACCAGAAGAAAAAAAGAAAACAAUGAGUAAAAGGACAAAUUGGAAAUCACCUUAUUUUCUACAUCCUGUUAAACCGGCUCGGUCAUCUAUAAAGUAUUACAACAAAUUCAAAAAUCCAAAGAUAGAACCUUUUAAAUCUAAACAUUCUGUGAAAAAAUCAAACAAAAAGUUUGCCUCAAGAGCAUUUGCAACGACGGACUAUGACGUAAUUUCCGAUUCGGGUGUUUCAGCAGACGAUUCAACUUCGUCUUUGUUUGAAGAAGGAUAUCCACUGCCAGACACCAUUCAAAGUUUCAAGGCUAACGCCAGACGUCAAGUUUGGCAUUGAACAUCGUCUUACGAUUUUUGUGAAUUUGUAACCGUAUAUCCUUACGUAAUCACAUGACGAAUUUUAUACAGUUUAUCUUUUUCAAUUGCUGUUACAUGUAUGUAGAGGAAAUUAAAAAAAAUUACAACAUUUGUAUUGUGUUUUUUUAUCACUAAAUAAUUACAUAAUUUAAACAAUCACUUAAUUCAGGACAGAGUAAAUACACGAUGCAUGUAUCAAACAUUCAAUGCUGACAUAUUGGAUAGAAAAAUAUAUUAAAAAGGGAUUUGCCUA